AUGGCGUCAAAGUUUUCCAUCAGGCUUGAUAAAUUGAAGAACCCAAAAUUGAUUUCUCUAUCUUCCUCUAAGUCAACUACUAAUUUAUCGUUGACCCAAAGAAGAAAAACCCAUCUAAAAACUCUUUUCGAGAAAAACGAAGACGAUUCAAUUACAAAUACAUCAUCUGGAUGGUUUAGGUCAAUCUGCACAGAUAGAAUUAUUUCUUCCAGAAGUGCUUUAAACCUCUCUAAUUUAAAUUCUCCAAGCUCAGCCAAAGAAUCAGGCAUUUCUACCCAAAGAUUCCAAUCAGAAUCAAUGAAGACCAAGCAUGAGCUUAUAACUAUUCUUAAAUCUUUAAACGAAGAUGAAUUUAAGCCAAGCUUAAAGCGAAUUCGGGCGGCGUAUAGAGCAUUAGAAUUAUGUGCUUCAGAGGAUACUUUAUAUCAAAAAGAAAUGAAAGCGAUUUCUGCUGAAAUAUAUAAAGCGCUUUUUAUUGAAAAAGAAAAAAUAAGUAAAGAUGCUAUCAAUCACAUAUAUGAAAAUCAUACAGGUAUUAUCUAAAAAGAUUGCUUAAUUGAUAAUAAAGAUUUGCCGCUUUUCUAUGUUGUUGAGUCUCUCAAUGAGUUGUAUAUGAAUGCAGCUAAUAAAAAUCUUUACUUAGAAAAUCUUGCGACAGCAAAAGCAAAAGGUAUAAACCAUGUAGAGUUUUUUGCUGAUAUUAUGAAAAAAGACCAAGAUUUAAAAGAUCUGAAAGAAGAAUUUGAAAAUUAUAAGCUUAAUGCAAAAAGCAAUAAUGAACAUAUAAUCAGUAAACUCGAAGAAGAGGUAACGCCUACUUAGAAAUCUCGAUUGCUUAAUGAAAAUAUUCGAAAUAAAGGAACUUUAGAUGAACUCAUAAGCAAGAUGAGUGAUUUUAAAGAUCAAAUGUACAAAAGUAAAAAAACAAUUAAAAAAUUACGAGAAAAAGAAGAAAAAUUUUUGUCAACAAUAAAAAGCCUAAAUGCAACUAUUAUUAUGCAAGAAAAUCAUAUCAAUCAGCUUUCAGAAGAAAAUAAUAAAAUGAAAGAAAUGGCUGAAGUCUAUUUAGGAAGAUUGAGCUUUUUCAAUAAAGAAAAAGAUGAAUUAGAAGAGAGGCUUAGAAUUGCUGAAGAAAAAAAUAUUAAUCUUUCUGUCAGAGCUGCUGAAGGCUAUGAAAGCUUGACUCCAAGGCCUUCUUUUGAAGCCUUGAAUGGAAUUAUGACAAUUAAAAAAGGACCAACAAAUGAAAAAGUGAAACAGCUAAUUAAAUGAAUCAAGGAGCACCAAACUUUUAGGCUGAAAUCGAUGAGAACAGCAGAUGAUAUGGAAACACUAGCAAUACCAAGAAGAAGGACAUCAGUCCGCAAAAGAACCUCAGCAGAGACUUUUAGCAAUAGUAGUUUUUCGCCAUAUAAGUUAUUUUAG